AGCGAUUUCCAAAAUGGAUUCCAUAGUUGAGCCCAUUAAACUAGAUAUCGGUGGUACGGUAUUCGAGACGUGUAAACUGAAGCUCACUAAAUUUGAUGGUUUCUUCAAAACUAUGCUCACAAGUGAUAUUCCGGUCUCAAUCGACGAAUCCGGGUGCAUUUUUGUGGAUCGGUCCCCGAAAAAUUUCAGCCUGAUUCUAAAAUAUCUGAAAGAAGGUGAUGACGUGGAACUUCCAAAGUUUGAACGAGAACUGCAAGAAGUGAGAAGAGAAGCCGAAUUUUACCUUUUAGACGGUCUAGUCGACCUAUGUGAUUCUUUUCUUAAAAUUCGGUCAUAUGAAACUUCGGAGGAGCUUCUUCAUAUUAUUGCAAACUGCAAAAAGACAGCAAUUCUUGUGAUCAGCUAUACAGUUCACAAUGAUCACCUCUGGAACUCUCCAGAAUCCUUCAAUUUUCAAUAUGUUCUCGAAAAUCCAAAGUUGGAUGUCUAUUUCAAACAAUGUGAAUGCGAAGAUGAAUCUGAUAAAUCUCGGCGUGAAGAUGGAGUCAAUAAAGGUCACCAAUCAUGGAUUUAUCGGCUGUACUCUCCGAUUAAAGGAUUUAAAACAUUUACAAAUUUUGAUAAAUUGGAGAAAUAUAUUAAUGGGAGGCUGUGAAAAUCGGGAAUUUAUGAAUAAAAUGUUGAUCACUUCUAGACGCCGCCGUACCUUUUUGAGAAGUUUUCGAGAAUUUUCAUUAUAAAACAAAUGUAAAAAAUUUGAUAAAUGCAUUUGAAAUAUUAAAU